GGGGCUCCUGGGACAUCACCCACCACAGGUUCUCAGGAACACAUGUCCUCACCUGGGGACUGGCAGCAGGGGCUGGGUGAAAUGAGGCCCAGAGGGAGGGGACAGACGGUGCCCAGGUGGCAAGGACGUUUGGACUGGAGAAGCUGUGGGGAAGGCUAAGGGCUCCUGCUGUCCCUGGGGUUCAGCCCAGCAGCACCUGGAGGAAGCUAACCCUCUUGGAGACUGGAGAGGCUGGCACACUGUGCCUGGUGGUGGCUUAGAGAGGCAGCAGGGUCAGAGAGCCUUGGAGUGUGGAGGCUGGAUGGCAGCAGGCUGUGGUGCCCUGCACACAGGUAUGUGUGUGCAGAGGGACGUGACGGCAAUGGCACCAGCUCAUGCAAAAAACGUGACCUGGGAGACUGAAAGCCCAGGGUGUGAGUGCCCAGCACUUGAUCCACUGCACCAUCUCCUGGGCCUACUGAAAGCCCAGAGAAGCUGUGUCCUCUGCCAAAGGUCACACAGCAAAGGUCACACACGGAGGCUUACAGUUCCGCCCAACAGCCUCUGACCAUGGAUGGGAAGCCGGCAGUCCCCGAUGGUGCUCCUGAGGUAUCCUGGCUCCCCGAGGCAGCAGGAGAGAAGUUGGACCCAGAAGGCGAGGACCAGGUAAAGGAGCGCGGCCAGUGGAACAACAAGAUGGAGUUCGUGUUGUCUGUGGCUGGCGAGAUCAUUGGGCUGGGCAAUGUUUGGAGGUUCCCUUACCUCUGCUACAAGAAUGGAGGGGGAGCCUUCUUCAUCCCCUAUUUCAUCUUCUUCUUUACCUGCGGCAUUCCCCUCUUCUUCCUGGAAGUGGCGCUGGGCCAGUACACCAGCCAGGGGAGCGUCACAGCCUGGCGGAAGAUCUGCCCCCUCCUCCAGGGCAUCGGGCUGGCAUCGGUGGUGAUCGAGACCUACCUCAACAUCUACUACAUCAUCAUCCUCGCCUGGGCUCUCUUUUACCUGUUCAGCUCCUUCACCACCCAGCUGCCCUGGACCUCCUGUGACAACACCUGGAACACAGAGCACUGCAUGGAUUUCCUGAACCGCUCGGCCCCUGCAGCUGGCACCUCCAACAACGCAACCUCAGCUGUCAUUGAGUUCUGGGAGAGGCGUGUGCUGAAGAUCUCAGCGGGUAUCCAGCACCUAGGGGCACUGCGCUGGGAGCUGGCACUGUGCCUCCUGCUUGCCUGGGUAGUCUGCUACUUCUGCAUCUGGAAGGGCGUCAAGUCUACUGGCAAGGUGGUUUACUUCACGGCCACAUUCCCCUACCUGAUGCUGAUCGUCCUCCUGGUCCGUGGCGUGACGCUGCCUGGCGCCUACAAGGGCAUCGUCUACUACCUUCAGCCCGACCUGCUGCGCCUCCAGGAUCCCCAGGUGUGGAUGGAUGCAGGCACCCAGAUCUUCUUCUCCUUUGCCAUUGGCCAGGGCUGCCUGACAGCCCUGGGCAGCUACAACAAGUACAACAAUAACUGCUACAGGGACUGCGUGGCCCUCUGCUUCCUCAACAGUGCCACCAGCUUUGUGGCGGGCUUCGUGGUCUUCUCCAUCCUGGGCUUCAUGUCGCAGGAGCAGGGGGUGCCCAUCUCUGAGGUGGCCGAGUCAGGGCCCGGCCUGGCCUUCAUCGCCUUCCCCAAGGCCGUGACCAUGAUGCCCCUGUCCCAGCUGUGGUCCUGCCUCUUCUUCAUCAUGCUCAUAUUCCUGGGGCUGGACAGCCAGUUCGUGUGCGUCGAGUGCCUGGUGACCGCCUCCACCGACAUGUUCCCACGGCAGCUGCGCAGGCGCGGGCGGCGGGAGCUGCUCCUCCUGGGCAUCGCUGCCACCUGCUAUCUGCUCGGGCUGCUGCUUGUCACUGAGGGUGGGAUGUACCUGUUCCAGCUGUUUGACCACUAUGCCUGUAGUGGGCUGUGUCUGCUCUUGCUUGCUGCCUGCGAGGUGGGCUGCAUUGGCUGGGUGUACGGGGCUGACCGUUUCUAUGACAACGUGGAGGACAUGAUUGGCUACCGGCCCUGGCCACUGGUGAAGGUCUCCUGGCUCUACCUCACCCCUGGGCUGUGCCUGGCUACCUUCCUCUUCUCCGUGAGCAAGUCCUCACCCCUCAAGUACAACAACAUGUACGUGUACCCGGCCUGGGGCUACUCCCUUGGCUGGCUGCUGGCAUUCUCCUCAGUGUUCUGCGUGCCGCUCUCAGUCCUCAUCACCUUCCUUCACAGCCGGGGCUCCCUCAAGAAGCGCCUGCAACAACUCGUCACCCCGGACCCCAGCCUGCCGCAGCCCAAGAGAUACCCACCCCUGGACAGUGAGCCUGCCCCCACGAAGGAGGGGCUGAUGACAGUGGAGAAGGAGACCCACCUGUAGGGGACAAGAGCCUGUAGUCACUGCACCUCUGCCUGGAGGCUCCUUGGCCUCCUGCUGUCCUGUGGCCCAUCCCCUCUGAAGGCUGAGGCUCUUGGGAGUCUGGGAGGGGAGUUUCCUGACAGAGCUGUGGCACCUGGGCAUUGGAACUUUCUUGGAGAGCUGUGUGAGCUAACAGAGGUGCCUGCCUGGGGGGGCAGGAGGAGGCCAGCUGGCCAUGCCACACAGAGUCCCCACCUGAGGACGUGGAGCCAUGACAUGACCAGGAGGUCGCACUACCUCCAGCGUAAUUGGGGACUAUCACCCAUAGUGCCCUGGCUUUCACCCAACCCCACUCUCCCUGACAUGUUGUGACCCAUGAACUGCUCCCAUGGGGGACAGACAUGGCCCCUCUCUGCUCCCCACACCCCCUGUCUGCCAUAAACCUGGCCUCACAGAGGAGGAAGCUGAGGACAGUGACUGCUGUCGCUCCCUACCCCCACCCUACACCUCCUUAGCUAACAAGCACGAAUGGACACUUAUAUCCUCUGGCACCUGCCUCUGUCACCUGGCCAGGGUGUGUGUGUGGGAGGCGCUGUCCCCAGGCUGGGCCCCAGUGGCAUGUCUCCUCCCAGCACCGCCUCCAUCAUCAUCACAUGAUAGUGCAUUGGGGAUCUCUCUGUGUGUUGGGGUAUCCUCUCUAGACCUGCCCCCACACAUUCCAUCUCCCCUCUGGUGGGGUGGGGGCUUGGGGUCUGAGGGAAACAGGUGCCCUCAGAGGAUUGAGCAGAGGGUUUUCUCUGCCACCUUGCAAACCUCCCCAUUCCCCCACUUGCCAUGUCACUGCCCAGCUACACCAGGGUGGCUUCCUAGAGGAGGAAGCCGGGAACCACAUGAGCCCCAGGUUUCAGAGUUCCAAGGUGGGAGGAGUGGGUGUACUGGGGCACAAAUGGGGAGGGGUGAGAACACAGGGCACACAGGGUGGGGCGUGGGGAGGCUGUGGUGAGUCCCAGCCCAGGGCCCCCUCCCUGUAUCCAGACCACAAGGGCCCUGUGGCUGAGAGGACAGGCAUCUGGGAGCCAGCAUUCUCUGCUGUGAUAGCUGGGGCCCUGGUCCAGUGGGUCCUUUGCCCCACAUGCCUGACUUCUGAGUAGCACCCUGCCUGCCUGAGAGGCCCCCAUCCAGCCAGGCUGAGGGAGGCAGCCGUUCCAGUCCACUCCCCUCACUGCCUUCUCCGGGAAGGGUGUCAGGGAUGGGCUUUAGGUGGCUCACAAUGGACUCCCAACAUGGGCAAAAGAGCAAGUAUCUCACUCUGUGAAUGUCCAGAGCACUGUGGCUAGGAGAGGACCCUGGGCAGUCUGCCGGUAUUACUGUGUGUAGCCCAGGUUUGAAUCCCGGCACCACUUAGGAGCAACCGACACCAGGAGAAGCUCCAAUGUCACAGCACAGUUCCUUCCUCUGUUCCUCUCUUUGAAUGAAAACAUUAGCCUAGAAGCUGUGAGAGACACAUGUAUGAGGUCUCAACUCUUCAAAAGGAAAAAUUAAAACGCAGAGAUGGUUGUGUA